GAAGAAGAAGGAGAAAGAAGGGUAGAAAUGUCAGAACCUUAAAAAACGUUUGGAAUUCUUUUCCUUUUUUUCACAUCUUCUUUUUCAAGAUUUCUCUCCAACUUCUUUCUUACAUGCAUUAAAGGGUAGGAAGCUAAUUUUGUUGGGUUUCUAAUGAAAAGGGUAGGAACUGUUGGAUUUUGUUUUGGAUGACGAAGUCUGUUAUGGAUUUUUUGUUUUCUUUUCUUUUUUAGGAUUUGAAUCAGUAGAACUUUGUUUGAGUUCUUUUGGAAAGUUGUGGGAAUUGGGAAAAUUGUGGUUGGAAUUGGGAUUUGGGUUUUGAAUAAAAGGGUUUGAAAUGUAUUUUAGAGAAGGAUUUGAAUGGGUAAAGCUGUUGUGAAAUGUUUUUUUUUUUUUCCUGAAAAUUAUGGGAUUGAGAAAGUUUUGGGGAAGUUGGGAUUUGGUUUUGCUUGAAAGGGUGUGAAGUGGGGUUUUAGUGAAGGAUUUAAUUAAUAGAGGGGUUGUGGAAUUGGGGUGUUUCUGGGAAAUUGAGAAUUUUUUUUUGGUUUUGUUGGUGAAAUUGGGAUCUGGAUUUUGGACAAAAGGGUGUGAUAUGGGAUUUUAGUGAAGGAUUGAACUAAUAAAGGGGUUGUGAAGUUGGGUUUUUUGUGUGUGGAAAAUUCUCGGAAUUGAGAAAUCUUUUUUGGUGAAAUUGGGAUCUGGGCUUUGGAUAAAAGGAUAUGAAAUGGGCUUUAGAGAAGGAUUUGGAUUGAUGUAGUCAUUGUGAAGUUUGGUUUCUGAAGAAUUCUAGGAGUUCAGAAAGCUUUUGGCGAAAUUGGGAUCUGGGUUUUGAAAUGAAGGGUAUGAAUUAAGUACAUAUUAUUGAAUUUGGUGUUUUGAGGCAGAGGUAGAGAGAUGGCGAUGAUGAACAAAACCAUGAAUAUGCUGGAGGGUCUUGUAAGACAAGGGUCAUUGCAUUGGGUGUUUGGCAGCCGGACUUCAUUCGAUGAGGAGUUUGAGGAGAUGGGCCAGUCUCCAUCUGGUCGAAGGAAGUGGAUGUCAGAGCUCUCUCCUGCUGCGAAUGUAAUCGUGGGUCGAUGCUCGAGACUCCUUGAUAUUUCAAUGGACGAGCUUCGCCAGAACUUUGAUAUGGAGGCUUCUGACUCUAUAAAGCAUCCGUCGCGGUACGCUAGAAACUUUUUGGAGUAUUGUUGUUUCAGGGCACUUGCUCUGUCUGUCCAAGUUAUAGGCCACCUCAGCGACAAAAGCUUCCGACGCCUGACGUUUGAUAUGAUGCUAGCUUGGGAAGCUCCAGGUGCAGCAAGCCAACCAAUACUUAAGGAUUCAUCAUUCCUAUCUCUGUGGCAGAUAGAUGCGGAGAGUACAGUGGGGGGAGAAGCUUUUUCUCGGAUAGCGCCAGCAAUUCCUACUAUCGCUGAUGUAGUUACCAGUACUCAUCUGUUUGAUGUACUUACAGAUUCAACUGGAGGUCGGCUUUCUUUCUCUGUAUAUGAGAAGUACCUUGCUGGAUUAGAAAGAGCGAUAAAAAAGAUGAAGACCCAAUCAGAGUCAUCUCUUCUUUCGAGUCUUCGAUUACCUAGAGGAGAAAGGAUCCUUGAUGUGGAUGGCACUGUCACCACCCAGCCUGUACUCGAACAUGUAGGAAUGUCCACAUGGCCUGGUCGAUUAACUCUUACUGAUCAUGCACUUUACUUUGAGCCAUUACGGGUUGUGUCUUAUGAUAAGGCAAAAACGUAUGACUUAUCAGAUGAUUUGAGACAGGGUGUUAAACCUGCGUUGACUGGGCCAUGGGGCACACGACUAUUUGACAAGGCAGUCUUGUAUAAAUCCAUCUCCUUACCAGAACCAGUUAUCAUGGAAUUUCCAGAGCUCACUGGACACUCCCGCCGUGACUAUUGGUUAGCUAUUAUUCUGGAAAUUCUAUUUGCUCACAAGUUUGUUAGAAAGUUCCAAAUUGAGGGAGUCGAGCGCGAGGAAGCACUUUCAAAGGCUGUUCUGGGUAUUCUGCGAGUACAGGCCAUUCACGACAUGAACUUUUCAAUGCCUGUUCGGUGGGAGACACUUCUCAUGUUCAAUCUUACUGACCAACUUCCAGGAGGCGAUCUAAUACUAGAAACACUCGCUAGUAUGUCAGAUUCACUGGAAUUUGACCGGGCCAAUAAACCAGCUGCUGCAAGUGGGAUAUAUUCGAUAUCAGCUCUGGCCAUGUUGUCCAACUUGGGAGUUGGGUUUGGAUCAGGAUCGCUCGUUGAUAAUGGGACAAGACUUCUGGUGGGGGAGUUAGUUGUAGGGGAGAUGACUGCUUUGGAAAGGGCUGUUAGCGACUCCAAGAAUAGCUUUAAGAAGGUGGAGCUAGCACAGGCAACGGUGGAUGGAGUUAAAGUAGAGGGUAUUGACACCAAUUUGGCCGUCAUGAAGGAAUUAUUAUUCCCUCUCAUGGAACUUGGAAAGUACCUUCUCUUUCUAGCGUCUUGGGAUGAACCGCUAAAGUCUCUGGCAUUCUGUUCUGUGAUUACUUAUGUCAUUUGCAGGGGGUGGAUAGGCUAUGCAAUUGCGCUGCUGCUGCUCUUCAUUGCAAUCUUUAUGUUGCUUACCAGAUGUUGUAGCCAAGGUAGGCCAGUUGACGAGAUGAAGGUAAUAGUCCCUCCACCGAUGAACACUAUGGAGCAGCUCUUGGCUGUUCAGAAUGCAAUUUCCCAAGUCGAAGAGCUUGUCCAGGAUGGAAACAUUGCCCUCUUGAAGAUGCGUGCGCUGCUGUUGGCUGUUUUCCCUCAGGCGACGGAAAAACUUGCAUUGGCGCUAGUGGUUAUGGCCUUGUUCCUGGCUUUCGUGCCCACCAAAUUCAUAAUCCUUACGACCUUCUUGGAGAUGUUCACAAGGUAUUUGCCUAUGAGGAAGGCGAGCACGGAGAGAUGGAUGAGAAGAUUGAGAGAAUGGUGGUUCAUCAUACCGGCAGCACCCGUCAUACUUGAAAGAACCAACAAAGAAGAUAAGAAGAGGAGGUAAUGUUUCCUUCAGCGUUUUUCUUCUCUUUGUGAGGCUCAAAACAAAUACACCUUGAGAUAUGUACUUGUACAAAGUGAAAUGUUAUCCUUCUACCCAAGACAUCAACACAAAGGUGAGUGUAAAAAAGAUAGAAAUAAACCAAGUUGUGAAGAAACUAUGUUUGGGUUGAGCAUAAAUGAGUAAUUUUUGAAAAUAAA